UCUUAUGCAUGCCCUUGUAAGAAAAUAUUAUAGCAGCAACAAAUAUGGAGCUUGAAUUAGGACUCAAAAUCACUAAAACAAGAGAUGACAUUACCUCCAUCUCUCAGUAUCAGUUAGCCAAGGAUCGAACUGGACCGGUUUUCGAGUCUAGAGAAACAAACACCAUGUUCAUCCUCAUUGCUCAUCUUAAAGGUUAUAAGAGGAAUAAUAUUGACAUAAAGAUUAGUGAAGAUGGUAGUAAGAUAUCAAUUAGUGGAGAGAAGCCAAUUCAGGAAAUGAUGAUGAUGGGGUGGGUAAUGCUCAAGAAAGAUGUUGAGAUUACACAGUUCAAUAAGGCCUUCAAAAUUCCUGAAGGGGUGAUUUUGGAUCGGAUCAAAGCGAAGUUUGAUGAAGAGGAAUCAAUAUUGAAGAUUGUAAUGCCGAAAUCCUUGAAAGGGAUUUGUGGGGCUAGGAUUGAAGAGGUCAAGGAAGAUGAAUCUGAUGGAGAGAGAUCAGAAUUAGAGAAAAGUGAAGCUGAUCACAUUUUCAAUAGCACUGGGGAGACAAGUGAAAGGGGAUUCAGAGAACCUGAAGUUCAAGAAAUGGAGGACAGUGAAAGCGUUAUGGAGAAGGAAGAAGUGUUAUCCAAAAAGAUAGAACAUGAAGCAAUGAAGGAAUCAGAUUCAGAGCAAAAUGUAGGAGAUCAUAUUCCACAGAGCAUAGGAGAUUCAAGUCGAGAAUUUUCUGAAGAGUCUGCGGUUCAACAAAUGAAAGAAGCUAAUGUUGAAAAGAUGCUUGAUAAGGCCAAUGGAUUUUCUCAGGAGAAGCAUGGAGAGAGGUUAGAGAAAGAAUUUGAAGAACUUAAGUCUGAAACUGAAGGUGUUGAGGAAGUUAUUAGUAUGGAAAGAUUUGAAGAAACAAGAACAUCAGAACUGGACAAAACUGAAAGUUUUGAAGAGACCAUCAAGAAGGACAUGAAAAGGCCUAAGAAUGAAACUGUCGAUGGUGAUGAUGAAUGUGAACAGAGAACAGAGAAAGCUAACAGGAGUAUUGAGGAAAAUACCUUAAAUGAGACCUCAAGAAAGGAAGAUGAGGAGUCUGACAAUAAAAGAAAGGUCAAAGAUCGAUCAUAUCUGCCGGACAUUGUUGUCGAAGGAGUAUUCGAUGCAAUGCAGGAAAAGGUUCCCAAGAAGGUGGCAGAGGCAAUGGCCCUAGGAGAGAAUGAAAAACCUGGAUAUGGUGGUGUAGUGAAAUUGAAAGAAGAGGGAUCUAUAAGGAUGAAGUUUGAAGCAAAUAAGGUUGUUGAGGAAGACAUAAGUAGGGACAGAAAUGAACAAGUUAGAGUGCCAAAAAUGAAGUCAAGGGAUCUACCAAGUGUGAAAGAGAAUACUCAUGAAAGAGGACUACAUGGAAGCGAAACACAAGAGCUUCCGGAGGGAGGGAAAACUAAACAUUUCAAAGAAGAGGGUGCGAAAAUUGAACAGUCUGUUAAGAAAGUGAAUGGAGAGAAAAAUGGAAAGAUUGAAGCUGAAGCAAAUGAAGGUUUAAGGAGAGACUUGACAAGGGAUACAUUUCAGCAAGAAAUAGAUGAUCCUGAUAUUCAAACUAAGGAAAGUGAACAAAUUCUACAAGAAUCGACGGGUAAAGGAGGCUUUGAAGCAAGCAUGGCCGAAAUAAAAGAUGCAGGAGAAGUAAAAGAAGAGCUGGUCAAGCAGAAGCGUGAGGCAAAGGUGGGGGAGACAGAAGAUGCCGAAGAUGGUGCGAAACUUGAGCCGCCUAUGAAGAAGGUGAAAGGAGAGAAACAUGAAAAGAUACAAGAUGAAACAACUAUGAAAGGAACAAAAGAGCCUGAGAUUCAAAUUAAGGAAAAAGAUCAACAAUGUGUGCUGGAAAUGAAUAAGCGAAUGCUUGAACUAAGCAUGGCAACAAUUGAAGAAGCAAAGGAAGCAAAAGAAGAGUUCAUCAAACAGCAGAGUGGGGAAAAGAUGGAGGAACCUAAAGAUGUCAACAAUAAGGGUGCAACAAUACAACAAUUUGUGGAGAAAGAAGCAGGGGAGAAACAUGAAAAGACACAAGUUGAAGCCAGUGGGGAUCUGAGGGAAAAUAUAACAAAGGAACCCAAGAUUCAAUCUAAGGAAAAAGAUCAACAAAGUCAACAUGAUGCAAUGAGCGAGGAAAGAUUUGAAGCAAGCACAACAGCAAGAGAAUUUCCUCUGCAGAAGAAUGGAAGGGAAGGACCAAAUGUUGAGUCCACAGAAAAAGAGACAACUCAAGAGUCAGAUAGUGAAAGAAUAACCAAGACUUUUCAAGAAGUAGCCAAGGAAAAAAAUCCAAAAGCAUUUCUUGUAGGAACUGAUGAAAGAGAUGCGAAAGUAUUAAAUAUGGGAGUUAAAAAGACUGAACAAGGGAGUGAAAAGAAACAUGACACUGAGCUGUUAUCUCAAGAAAAUCAAAGGAAGGAAGCUUGUGAAUCAAGAAAUCAAAGUGUGAACCAAGAUAUCGUAAAGUCAAAGAAAGCAAAAGAAGCAGAAAGUGCAGAUCAGUGCACUUAUAAGAAAGAAAGAACUGAAGCAGCUGCAGCCAUAGAAGAUCAAAUGGCUAAGCCAAGGUUUCCAACAACUCAACAAUUUGAGGUUGAAGAAUGUACAUUACAAGAAGACUGCAAAAAGAAACAUGAACCAUCUCCAAAAUCACAAAAGGAAUAUCAUACAAAUGAUUUGCGAAAUUCAAUCGGAAGGAAGGAGCAAGAAUCCAAGCAUAGGGAAGUUUUGAAGCCAGAAGUUCCUCUAGAAGAACUCCUAAAGAAAAGCGAGCAGGAGACUAGAAAAGACGAAUUUCAAAAGGGAGAAAAAAAUGAGGAGAAAAUGCAAGAAAUUGAGCAAUCCAAAAGUAAAUUUGAUGACAAAGAUCAACAAGAUGUUUGCAAAGAAAUUGGAGCAGCAGAGAUCAUAGGGAGAAAGAUGCCCGAAGCCAAAGAACAAUAUGCAUCAAAUGCAGGCUCAACAACUGGAAGGAAGGAAACCGAAAAAGAUUUGGAAGCAACACAUGAAACAGAGAAAUGCUUGGUUCAAAACCUUGAAGAUAAGAAGCUUGGGAACAGGGAAGAAAUUAAAAAGACCAUUUCUGAAGAAAAUGAUGAAGUUAAAUAUGCCGCAGAGUUAAGAAAAAGAACACAAGUGAAGGAGCAUCAGAGAAAAUCAGAAACGGCUGAGAAUGAAGCAGAACCUCCCAAAUUGAAAGAGCAAAUUAUUGAAUGGAAAUCACCAAAAACAAAAGAGUAUGUGCAAGAAUCAACAGGCAAAAAGCAACAUGACUAUGGCACAGAAGACACAAAACUAAGUCAGCAAUCUACAGAUGAAGAAAACAGAACACCAGAAAAUGCUAUUGAUGAAUUACUAAAGAAAAACACUGACACAACCUACAGAAAGUCAGUUGAGUCGGUGGAUCCCUCGGAAGAUGAACGAGUUGAAUCUUUUCAAGCACAUAUCCCAGAAAAUCAAGGCUUCGAAGAUAAUCAGGAGGGAACCAAAUGUCCCAAGAUUUCCACCGGCAACCCUGAUAAGAAAGGAUAUCAAAUAACAAAGGAUAUAGAUGAAGAGUUGCUGAGGAAACAAGACUUAUCAGAAAAAAUUGUUCAUGAAGAAAGGGGAGUGCAAAAUUUUGAAAACAGAGGAGAACCUGAAGAGGAUCCCAAACAACUUCGCAAAAGAGAGAAGGUAAAACCAAUUCAAACUGCUAUAGAUAAGAAGCCAAUAAUAAUGGACAUAACCCCCGAGUUUGAGAAGGUCAACGGAUUCAAACAAGUUGCAGAAACAAUGCAGAAACCUCCAACAAAAAUUGAAAUGAUUUCAAAGAAAGGAAUGGAUAAACCACAAAGAGAUGAAACACCACCUCUGGCAAAGGAAAUCAAAAGAAAAGAGCCUCCUGAAUUAUUAUGGUCAAGCAUGGGCCCUGAGAACUCUCAGGUUAAAGAAGACACAACAGAUGAAGGUCAUGAAAAGUGUGACAUAAUAGAGGUAGAGAAGCAAAGAGAAUGUGAAGAGGAAGAUGUAAGUGGAGGAAACAAUGACAAAACAAAAAGGACAAAGAAACUAUUUGUUCCUUUGUUCAUAGCAGGAUCAGCCCUUCUUGUGUCUCUAGUAUUUAUGUUUGUGCAUCGCAGAAGAACUAAAAGAAGGUAA